AUCAAAGCUGCAGCCCUCAUUUGAUCAACUCCCGCGAAAACACUCACCGCGCGGAAUCACAAAGCGCAGUGGUGACGAAUGAAGUCAAUGGAGACCUCCGCGUUUUUGGUGAGCACCUUGAUUUUGGAAGCUUUGCUUAUCUUGCGGCUCAUCAUGCUCGCCUACACCCAGCGUCUCUUCCCACAACGUUGCUAUGAGAAGCUGCAGAAGCUCUGGCAAGAUCUGAGGCAAAGCUGGUGGACUGAGGAGGAUGCAACUGAGAAGGCAGUGGAUCAGACGCGCUGCCAACUGACACGUCUCUUGUGGACUGCUGUGUGCACGAUAUCCUUUUUACGUUUGCUGACGCAACAGCUUCUCCUGGUAUCUGGACGCAAUCCAAUUCGUCCAGAGUUUGAUCUGCAGCUGAUUUGUUUGAUGUCCGUCAGUUUGGUCAUCAACUUUCGGCCGCAACUCAUCACGCCCAACUCCUUAGACCUGUGGUAUGUAGCAACCUCCCUCAUGUCUAUAGCAACCUUGCUGCCCGCAGCCCACAUCAAUG